AUGCAGAAUUCAACAACUACUGGUAGUGAUUUCAUUGUUGACGAUUGUUUUGCUGAUGAUGAUUUGGUAACUUCAGACGCUGAUAUAAACACUGUUGCAACAGAAUUCAGACAGCAAUUAUUUGCCCAACAAAAAUCUUUUCUUGAGCGAGAUAAUUUUGAAAAUGAAUUGGGUCCAAGUGGAGUUAAUGAGGAUCCUUUUGGAGAAAAUUUUACCGACAUGGCGAGUAAUGAAAUUAUUGAUGUUUUUGGUGAUGGCGAUUUUUCUGCUAGACCGGUUGUUGUAUUUUAUGCAUAUAGACUCCCGUCAAAUAAAACAUUUGAUCAUUUGAAGUUUUUAAGAUUUGUUCAGUUUACUUUAGACAAAAUUGUCGACCAGGACUAUACAGUUAUUUAUUUUCAUUAUGGUUUACGUUCUAAUAAUAAGCCACCAUAUAAAUGGUUAUUUAAUGUUUAUCAACUUUUGGAUCGGAGGUUUAAACAAAAAAAUUUUUACUCAAAAUUAUUUUUUAGAUACAAGAAAAAUCUCAAAGCUCUCUAUUUGGUUCACCCAACAAAAUUUAUUCGUAUCGUUUGGCGUAUAUUUCAACCAAUAAUUUCAUUUAAAUUUGAAAAGAAAUUACAUUAUGUAAAUUCUUUAAAUGAAUUGACUGAUUUUGUUUCUACAACAAAUUUAAAUCUCCCACAGCCAAUUAUUGAUUUUGAUCUUUCAAUUUCUUCGUCAUCUCCAAAAUCUUCUGUUAUUUCUAGUUUUGAGAAUAAUGUAGAGAAACAACCACCUAGACCAACACAACAAUUUAAUGUGUCUUUGAAAUUUAUUAUGGACCAUAAUCCAAAUUGUGAUAUUCCUCCAAUCGCUUCUGAUUUGAUGGACUUUUUACUUGAACAUGGACUUCAAACUAAAGGAAUCUUCCGUCGUUCAGCUAAUGUUACAACACUUAAAGCAUUACAACAAAGAAUUAAUUUAGGUAAAAAUGUUAAAAAUAGGAUAUAUUUGACGAAUUUUAAUUUUUUAGGAGAAAAGAUUGAUUUUCUUAGAGAUCCAGAAUUUAAUGGAGAUUUGGAGAAUAGUAUUUUAUUGGCAUCUGUUCUUUUAAAAACUUUUCUUCGCUCUCUUGGAGAGCCGCUGAUUACAAAUAAAUUAUAUCCCGAAUUGACUCUUCUUGCUGCUGCCAUCGAAAAACCUGCAUAUAUUGAUGCUACACGUGAUUUACUUCAACGAUUGCCACCCGAAAACCUUUUACUACUUCAACGCAUAAUAGAAUUUUUAAAACAAAUUGAGGCGCAUUUUGAAGAGAAUUUGAUGAAUGCAAAUAAUUUAAGUGUUGUUUUUGGACCAAAUUUGACAUGGCCAACAGAUCAACAAGUUCCAAUGUCUCAAUUGAACAAUUUGAAUAAAUUUUGCUACACUUUAAUUAAACAUUUUGAUUUAAUAUUUGCAGACAACUAACAUUAUUUUAUACUAGUACUUAAUUUAUCGCACGCAUUUUAGCUAUAGGUUUAUUUCAGGCCGAAAUCCAAAAUCCAUGGCUAGCGAACAUUCUAUUUGCGUGCUAAAUACUACACAAGUUGUACUAUUUUUUUAUAUUCACAUA